AUUGGAGAAACUUUUAAUACUAUUAUUUAUAAACAUUUUAAAAAGAUAUUUACUUAUUUAGUUUAAUUUUUUAUUUUUUUAACAAAUGAUGUCAAACUCGAAUCUGUCAACUAAAUAGGAGCCUCGAAUUGCGGGCUACUGGUGUAAACAUGAAAUUGCGUGCCACCCAAUUUUUUCCCCAAUUUUAUAAUUUGAUGUAUAACUGUUAUUGAAGAGUUUUGGAGAAGAAAGCAGAGCGAUGGAUCACGCAGCAGAUGCUCAUCGGACUGAUUUAAUGACUAUUACUAGGUUCGUGUUGAAUGAACAGAGUAAAUACCCUGAAUCUCGCGGCGAUUUCACUAUUUUGCUCAGUCAUAUUGUUCUUGGCUGCAAAUUUGUUUGUACUGCAGUUAACAAGGCAGGUUUGGCCAAACUCCUUGGGCUUGCUGGUGAGACUAAUGUGCAGGGUGAAGACCAAAAGAAACUGGAUGUACUCUCAAAUGAAGUUUUCAUCAAAGCUUUGGUCAGCAGUGGUCGAACAUGCAUUCUCGUGUCUGAAGAAGACGAAGAAGCUACUUUCGUAGAGCCAUCUAAGCGUGGAAAGUACUGUGUGGUUUUUGAUCCUCUGGAUGGAUCUUCCAACAUUGAUUGUGGUGUUUCUAUUGGAACGAUCUUUGGGAUUUACAUGAUGAAAGAUGUUCAUGAACCAACACUAGAUGAUGUCUUGCAACCUGGAAAGAAUAUGUUAGCUGCUGGAUACUGCAUGUAUGGAAGUUCUUGUACGCUUGUCUUGAGCACUGGAAAAGGUGUUAAUGGUUUUACACUUGACCCCUCUUUAGGCGAGUUCAUCUUAACUCAUCCAGAUAUCAAGAUUCCGAAGAAAGGAAAGAUUUAUUCAGUGAAUGAAGGAAAUGCCAAGAACUGGGAUGGUCCAACAUCUAAAUACGUGGAGAGCUGCAAGUUCCCCACGGAUGGUUCUUCACCCAAAUCUUUAAGAUAUAUCGGAAGCAUGGUAGCUGAUGUUCAUCGUACAUUACUCUACGGAGGUAUCUUUUUGUACCCAGCUGAUAAGAAAAGCCCCAAUGGGAAGCUACGGGUUCUCUAUGAAGUAUUUCCCAUGUCAUUUCUGAUGGAACAAGCAGGAGGUCAAGCAUUUACUGGAAAGGAGCGGGCACUGGACUUAGUUCCUACGAAGAUACACGAAAGGGCGCCAAUAUUCCUUGGUAGUUACGAUGAUGUGGAGGAGAUCAAAAGGCUUUAUGCUGCUGAAGAGAAAAACUAAUGAAUGUACAUUUACAUUCAUUAUCUUAUUUUACAAUUCUUGUUGAUGCUUAUUGCUAAUUUGUUGAAAUAUAGCAAAUUUGCUGGUUGUUAUAAGUCACAAAAUCAUAAAAUUAUGACUACAAAUGUAUGUUCCACAUUAGCUUGUUGGCUACUGUGAUAAUAAUACCUGCAUAUAAAUGAGCAAUCUUAAAAAAAAAUUGUAUUCUG